CUCAAACUCUCAACCACGCUAACACUCGAUUAUUUUUCCUCGACGCGUCGUGGCCAGACCUAGGUCGUGUGCAGCGCCGCACGCCUUUCCUGUUUCGGCGCUCGUAGUUUCUCCGGUCCUAACGCGGCGCAGUUUCUUUUUCUGAUGGGAUCAAAUAUUUAUGGUUCAUGUUUUACCUCUUUAUCCUUACACGCUGUACCUGGAACUUCCUCUAUUACUUGCUACCCCCUAAUUCAUCUUUCUACUGAGCUUUAACAUAGCCUUGUUUAGCCUUCAACACCGAGUACAAUGUUCAGUCUUACGUCGUUCCUUUCGUGUCUUUUCGCAUUCACAUUCUUGCACACAGCCAUCGCCGACAUCUCAUUGUCGAACCCUGUUCCUGGUUCCAGCUUCAGCGGGUCGACCGGGACGGUCUCGAUCUCUGUCGAGUGGAUCGACUCCGGUGGUGCCCCGCCAGUGUCGGAAAUUGAAUCCUACACUUUCUCUCUCAUGACCGGUAGCAACCUGGACAUCUCGAAUAUCGCCACGCUUGCCGAUGCGGUCUCUGCUCUGAAAAUCACCGACGAUACAUACACCGUUACGUUUAAAAACACGGUCUGUGGUAAUGGUUUGUUCUACAUACAGGUCUAUGGGGCUUUACUGGCUUCUGCUGGGUCCACCAUCCAAUACACCAACCGGUUUACCUUGACCGGUAUGACAGGCUCAAAGGUUGCAUCUGGGUCUGGGUCUCCUCCUCAAGGUCAGAUAUCUCUCGUCACCGGUGGAACCGCUGCUGCUUCUAUAAACCCUGCGUCCUUCUCCGUUCCAUACACGUUACAGACGGGGUCUACACGCUACGCGCCUAUGCAAUUGCAGCCAGGCACCUCCAUCACUGUUACCACGUGGUCUAGACGGUUCCCAACCUCUGCUGUCACUUAUUUCACUACCAAAAUGGCUUCUCCGGUAGUUUACUCCACUGUCACACCCGGCUGGUCCUACACCAUUAACUCGCAGCCAAACUACGCAUCCCCGGCACCUAACCCAUCCAUCGCCGGCUGGUAUGCCGCCAGCGAGCGUUUGGUGAGUGCCAGUUUAUCUGGAAGCAGCAACACAACUGCCAAAGCCAAGCGUUACAACAAAUGGGUGGAUGAAGCAUAAGCUGAUUCCUGGAAUGCAAACCCCAAGUGGAGAUUUACUAUCGCUGAAAGCUAGGCGAGUAUCCCCUGUCUCCCUCACGUUUUUAUCUUUCUUUGGUUCUUUAUAUUUACGCAGUAACUUUUCCUCCGAUGUAGGGUGUAACUGAAUUGUAUUUAAGUAUUUGUUUCCGGUCUCGCAUCGUACUGCUAAAUCA